AUGGCCGCUGUCAGGAUAGGUCACAGCCCACUAGUUUACUUUCAGAACGUGGCGAACAACGUCAACUUCGAGACGCAAGAUUGUGAACAUUUUUCAGGAGAAGCAGAAACAUCUCAGCACCUCCUCUGCAAGUGCAUCCAGACCAUGACGCUCAGAAUGAGGAUAAUUGGCUUUGACCUUGCUCGGAAGUCCCUUGUCUGCCCGCAGAAGUACUACAACGGAAGUGGGUUUGCUCUGAGCCAGAUGAAGGUAUUCCUGCUUUUCCUAGUCACCGCCGCUGUUCUGUACUCCGCUACUGCAAUUGAAGAAGAUAUAUACAACCCCCACCCCCAACCACACCACCCACCCCCACACCCACAGCCAAACCCAGCUGCUGCACGUGCUGCUGCUGCUAAGAAGGCUGCUGCUGCUGCUGCUGUAAAGAAGGCUGCUGCUGCUGCUGCUGCUAAAAAGGCUGCUGCUGCUGCUGCUGCAAAGAAGGCUGCUGCUGCUGCUGCUAAGGCUGCUGCUGCUGCUGCUGCAAAGAAGGCUGCUGCUGCUGCUGCUGCUAAAAAGGCUGCUGCUGCGAAGGCUGCUGCUGCUGCGAAGGCUGCUGCCGCUAAGAAGGCUGCUGAUCUUAAAAAGAAAAUUGAAGCUGCUGCUAAGGCUGCUGCUGCUAAAAAGGCUGCUGCUGCUAAGGCUGCUGCUGCUAAGGCUGCUGCUGCUAAGGCUGCUGCUGCUAAGGCUGCUGCUGCUAAGGCUGCUGCUGCUAAGGCUGCUGCUGCUAAGGCUGCUGCUGCUAAAGCUGCUGCUGCUAAGGCUGCUGCUGCUUCGAGGGCCCGUCAACACCCUCACCCACACCCACACCCACCCCCUCACCACGGACAGUAA